UUUUUCCUCGACUUCGUCACAUGGCCCCGGACAAACUGAAGGAAGCCAAGUUUAUGUUCAAUGAUAUAAUAAAUGAUGAUAUUAUUUGUCCCUCAAAGAGUGCAUGGGUGUUUCAACUUUAUUUAGUCCAAAAUAAAGCCCUAAAAGUCAAAAACAUUUUCUUCAAAGUUGACCUAAAAACUGCUUAUUUUCAGAUCCUUGUGGAUACAGAUAACAUAGAAAAGACGGCCGUCAUCACCCCUUUCGGUUUUUUCAAAUUCAACAGGAGGAAUGUUAUCUAUGGUCUAGAUACAGUUUUCGUUUAUAUUGAUAAAAUACUGAUUGCUAGUGACGAUAGUGAACAGCAAAAACAGCACUUUGUUUCAUUGUUUAAAAGACUAUUGCAUCAUCAUCGGGUGAUUUCCUCUGAACAAUGUGUUUUUGGCGUUGAUUCUUUGACUUUCCUCCGAUUUCGUAUUGAUACUCAUGGUAUGCUAACAAGUCAAGAGAGGGUUUUGAGUAUCAACAAUUUUUGGCUUUUACGCACCCCCAAAGCUUUAAGAAAUUUUCUCUGUAAUGCUGACCUUCACCUCGUGACCAACGCCUUCGACCGGGCUGUGGGUGAUAUGUUCUAUCAGGUUUUUAUGGAGCUUCUCAGUCUCGCUUUAUACUCUCGAAAAUUCACUUCAGAAGAGCAGAGAUACAUAACUUUUAGCCGAGUACUCUUGGCGACAAGUAUUGCACGCGCAAAUUCCGCUAAAUGGACUACAUCGCACAAUUUAACAGCGAUGUUGGCUAUGUCAAAGGAGCACGCAACAUCUUUGCAUACAGCCUCUCCUGCAUUGGCAUGGUACUGUUGUGCCUACAAUAUAAUUGAUUAUCAAGCCAUGCAGAAGCACAUGAACGGGAGCGGAGUCAAAUCACCGUGUGAUUUGUCAACGAAAACACAUCGUCGUUUCGUUUAUUCCGCCAUGCGGAAAUUGGCAUUUCAAGCCGUUCAUGAUUUGACAUAUCCAGGCUUAAAUGCGCCAAGGAAACUAAUCACAAGCUGUGUUAUCUUGCCAGGAAUGCAAACGGACCUCGAUAAGUGGAGUAAAGCCUGCCCAUUUUACCAAAACAACAAGGUGCAUUGGCACACCAAAGCUCCUAUCGUGAGAUUCAACCCAAUCCACAUGAAAACCACUAGCCAUUUACCACUAUGGACUGUUUCAAACAAUGGCCAGAAGCUUUUCCAAUCCCAGACAUACAGGAGUGACAGUUUCAAAAAUCUUUUUCGCUCAUUAGGUUUAAAGGUUUUGCAGACCGACAAUCAGCACAACCGACAACGGCAAGUAGUUCGAAUCCUAUCUUUUCACCCAACUAUCGAAAUUAUUAGGAACGAAAAUGAUUUAUACGUGAGGCUAAGGGUUUAG